AUCCAUGUCCCUGAACAGAUACAAGGUAUUCUAGAUUCAACCAUCGAUGGAGACACCAAGCUGUAUGGUCUAUUUAAGAAUAUUCCUGAAUCGUUUUCUGAUGCUGAAAGGACGCUGAUAAAGGAGAACGUUUCUUUGAUAGAAGACAAAGUGAAACCAGCUUUUAAAACUCUUUUAGAUUUUUUCUCCAAGGAGUACAUUCCUGCGUCAAGAGAAAGCAUCUCGUGUGAGGAGUUCCCAAAUGGRAAAGAAUUCUACAAGAAAGUGCUUGAGUUCCACAUCACAUGUGAUUUGACACCCAAACAAGUCCAUGAGAUUGGGCUGAAGGAGGUGKCCAGGAUAAGAGAUAGAAUGAAACAGGUUGCCAAGGAAACAGGAUUUGAUGGWGACUUGGAAGCGUUUGUUGCCAUGUUGAGAAAGGACAAGCGAUUCUACUUUGAUAGUAAGGAAGAAUUGAUGGCUCGAUACAGGGAGAUAUGCUUCGAUCUAAUAGAACCGAAGCUAAAGGACUACUUCAAGAAUAUCCCCAAGGCUAAAUUUGAGGUCAUCGAAACACCUGCUGAGGCAGCCCCCACAGCUCCAGGGGCCUUCUAUCUUGCACCUCCCGAGGAUGGCUCCAGACCUGGUACAUUCUAUGUGAACACUUACAAGUAUGAAGAAAGGCCAAAUUAUGAGAUGAUCAGUUUAUCUCUGCACGAAGCAGUUCCUGGUCAUCACUUACAGGCUGCGUAUUCCAUUGAGCAACCUGAUCAACCAAGCUUCAGAAAGCACAUGGAGGAUCGAARAUACUACGAGGCUCCAGCGAGAUUUGCAAUGAACACAGCCUACAUGGAGGGCUGGGGUUUGUACAGCGAAUACCUUGGAGAGGAAAUGGGACUCUACACCAACCUAUAUGACUUGGGAGAAGUUUGAUGUUCGUGACUUCCAUGACUUAUUUUUAGCCUUUGGGUCUGUUCCCUUGGCAACGCUGGAAGAGGCUGUCAACGAAUACAUAGAAACUAAGAUGGAUGCUUAAUCGACCACCAUGGUAACAAAGUUGAUGACAAAAAUAAAUGGAAUUUCUAUUUAGACAGUUGUAGGUAGGUAAAAGAAAAGGUAUUCCAUUCUAAUGAGAAUUUCGCUUUGUUCUAUUAUUUUCUUCUUGCGUGRCUGAACAUUUGGUUUUUAUUGUCACGCAUUCGUAGGUUUUAAUUUGCAUGACGCCCAAGAAUGUGAUCCAAUUGAUAAUUUUUCGUAGAUCGUAAUUUUUUUACUGAAAAUCUUUAUAGAUCGAUAAUCAGUCGAAGUCUGUCGUGCGCAUACCUUCCUUUACAUUCGAAGACUUUAUUCUAAUCGAUAACCAUCCGUKCAUGCUUCGUAAAAGCCUCCAAGGGGGCAAAUAUACAAAGCUUUKUUGCAAGAAAAUAUGACAGUGGACGAAUUAAGCAGUCUAACAACCUAUUCUAAUCGAUAAUCAUUCGUAGAAUGUAUUCGGCAUACAUUUUAGUCGAUAGUCAUUCGACGUCCGCCAUUUCGCCGAGAAAGUUCGGCUUGAUCGAUAAGUAUUCGCAUAUAUACUUUCACAAAUUUCACGUAAUUUUUUUCCUUCGAGGAUAAUAGUCAAUGCUUUUCACAAAAUAUUAUUUUUUACGCAUUUUGACAUUUUCCAAAAGUUUAAUUUAAUGUGGUUUGUGAAAUGAAUAGAAUUUAUGGAAUUUUUAGAUUAACAUUUAUUAGAUAUUUGUCAAGAUUAAGAAUAUGUAAUAAUUUUAAGAAAGGAAAAAAAUACUUAAAAC